UCGCGCUCAAUUUAAUCUCUGUAUAACCUCCCAAUGAUUUAAUUUAUGAUGGCUGCACUAGACCCCGGAAGAAUGACUAGUGUGUGCACCGUACAGUGAGCACGUUUGAGGUUCAAUAAGCCGUUUGUGGUUGUAUGUAUUUGAAGACAGCCGGGAGAGAGAGCGGAGCGGAGGGAGAGGUAGGGCAGCGGUUAUUAUGCGAGUUCGUUGAGGGCUGCUCAGUUGCACGGUUAUUUGAUUUGUGGGACAGAUUCGAUAGUCACUUGGAAAAGAAUACAACCAAUUCUGCAUUUGAACAUUUGAUCUUUCAACUACUCCAGUUCUCUACGAAUACCUACUACCUUCUGUUGCUUGUCCUGUUGUGCACAGUACAUUAUCUUCAAGGGUUCAACCUGGACGUGCGGUACCCUGUCGUCAAGGAACGAAAGACCCCGGGAAGUCUCUUUGGGUGAUCGGUGGCACUUCACAAACAGAUGAUGGGAAAGAAAAGAUACCUGACUGUGUCACGGGCGCUGCUCACUGUGUGAAAUUCAUCUGCACUCUCCGCAACAUGAACAACACUGCGACAAUCCUUGUCAGAGCCGGAGUGUGGAACAGCACUGUGCUGGAGGACUGCGGGGAAGCGUGGCGGGUGACAGUGAAUGGCAAGGCCACACUGAAACUGGUCACAGACAAACCCACCAUCAGGAUGAACACUGAGAGCAGAGAAUUCACCCUGGAUAUAGACCCAGAGCUGGGGGAUGAGGAUCUGUACCAGGUCCCCCUGUGGAUCACCAUCGUGUCUUCUGUCGCUGGGGUCCUCCUUCUGGCCUUCAUCAUCCUCCUUAUGUGGAAGGUAACGAUCAGGUACAUUAGUUAUUACAACGAUCCAAUUGAACAAGUAACCUGCACUGACGUUAGCAGCAAGAGGAGAAUGGAGAUUCAAUUUCACCUCCAACAACAAAUCCACACAAUACUAUUAGAUGGCCCGGGUACCGCGAGACUUCUACUGUCCACUGGUUCAAAAGGUCUCCCUUUUUGGAUCCAAAAUAGAUCCUGUUUGACUUGUUUUUCUGACCGCCUUCCCCUCGUCAGUGUGGGUUCUUCAGAAGGGCCAGCACCAGGGAGAUGUACCCAAGGCCCAGAAAGCUGAGAUGAAGACCCAGCCGCCGGAGGUGGAGAGGCUGACUGAGGAGUAGUGAGGCUGGGGGAGGGAGGUCCCCCUGUGGGCCUCUGGAACAAUGCACUGGGUUUCCUGGGUAAAAUAAUAGUCCUUCCAUCUGUGAGUCCUUGCAGCUUCCAACGGCUUUUUGCAGCUUGCAGUGGCUUUCCUUAACUUCAGUCUUCCUCUCUUGCUGUCAAAUUAUUAAGAGUUUCUCUUCAUCAAGAGCAUCUAUCCACAGGGGAAACAGCAUUUCAGAGGCUGUGACUUGUGUGAUUGACUUUUGUAUGAUUAUUCAACUCUUUUUCUAACCUUUUCCCCAUUGCUAACUAUUUAGUCUCUUCUCCUAACUAACCAGCUUUGCAGAGCUUGAGUCUAUUGGUUGUGUGGUGAUUUGGUCAUUUAUUUGACAUAUCUCACGAUACCCGUGAUUACAUUAGAAAGCUGUCAAGAAUCUAAACAACAGCGGGACUGAGAUUGCCUACAAUAAUGAUACUGGUGGCACCAAUGUAGAAAUACUUCUAAUAAGAACACGACAACGCCAAAGUCUACGCUUUCAAAUGUUCACUUUGCGUCGUCUACCAUUGUCCCACAGUGUGGCUUUUUCAAGCGGCCCAACCACACCAGGGAGUGAAGAUUGGCAAAGAGGAGCACUGCCAGGUAAACGAGGGAUUCCUCAUCGAGGAGCCAAACCCCAAUUUAAAAAGAAGCACUGGAUCACAAACUGGACUGAAAUGCAGCAUUACUACUGACUGAUGCCUUCAACACUACCACUAGUCUUAUUGAGAAACUCCAUCUCAAUGUGCACUGGCUGGGCGCAAGUCUGGAUUUGUGGACAUUAUCGGGAACAGGACUGAUGGUGUUAUGACUGACACAUUCCUUGUAGUGUACAAGAUUGAAUGGUCUGGACCAAAAUGUUAUUUUCUAGAAUUGUACGUUUAAUGUUGUUUUGAUGUCAACAAGAAUAUACACUGAGGGUACCAAACAUUAGGAACACCUUCCUAAUAUUAAGUUGCACCCCCUUUUGCUCU